AUGGAGGAGGAGAUGCAGCAGCUCAGAGAGCAACUGGCUCAGCUAGAGGCGGACAAUGAGCGUCUUCGCCAGGAGAGGGCUGCGCCUCAGGCCGGCCCUGCUGGGGCUUUCCACGCUCCCAACGUCUCCUCCGACCAGGCCCGGUCACUGGGCUCUCGUACCCCCUCCACAGAGCGUGUGUUUGUGAUGGCACGUGACCGUAAAUGCCCCUUGUUUAAUGACGCGAAGAUUUGGUUCCUCAAACAUCCAACUUGCCACCCCGUGAUGGUCCUUCCAGCGGACCCGCGCCUGUUCCAGUAG